AUGCUACUCACGCUACUCUGCGCAACCUUGCCUAUGGGAGCAAUAAAUGGUAUUUUGAUGUUCGUGUUUUACUUAUUUAAUGCAGUUGAAAAUUGGAAUCCGAUUCCGAAUAAAAAAAAAAGACGUUUUUGUCAGGUUUCGGGCGUUACGACACCGAUCGAUACGUGCAUAUUACGGCUAAAGCAGCUACUUCAUCAAUCAUCAUCUUUGGUUGCACCAUCGGAUCUCUCGCUCUCUCAACGAAUCUGAAAAGCAGUGGGCUAUUUGAAAGAACAAGACUAGAAAAAUAAAGUAACAGGACGAACCAGGACAGUUCCAGCAAGUAGUAUGAAUGAAGUGUGAAGAUGAGUUACCCCAACCCGCCCCGCCAUUUUCUAAUCACCGCGAAGGAAAAGGCUACUGGGGAUUUGCAAUUUUCAUAGAGAGCAUGGUAUACCUAGUGAACCUAGCGAUAUCGUCGUUCUGUAUGUACAAAGUGCUCUCUUUCGAUCCUUAUGUUGCGCAGAACAGACCAAGUGGAGGCGGAGGGAUCGAGAUGACUGGAGCUGCGCCAAGUCAAGUCUAGUAUGUAAGGACGAGACGCGGACUGACUUACACGGUUGAUGUUUUCGUCGUGGCGGGGCUUCAUGCAGCAUAAAAACGGGCAUAAUAUCGGGGCAUCAUGUGUCCGGGGCAACACAUGAUCCAAUCGAAGAUGAGGACUCUGCAGACGGGAUCAUCCAACGAAAGUGAAGACGUCCCGCUCCGCAGUCCUCAUUAACGGCGCGUUCUAUACACUCUUCCCUAGCGCAGUCCUCAUUAACGGCGCGUUCUAUACACUCUUCCCUUUUUCCAUACAUCCAUGUGUGAUCUCCCUCUUAAGUAGUAAGACUUUGUGCUUGAUGCGGCUACAAGUACGACAUGGCGAAGAUGAACUCGCCCACCUCUCUUUUAUUCACGAGAAUAGAUCUGUUCCUGAGAGCUGCACUCGAAGAGAGAAAUACUUGAACGAGAAGCUGCGUGAACAUCUAAGUACAUCGAAUAUCAAAAUGCCGCUUGUUCGACGACAUCUAUCUAGUGACAGCAGAGGUAGUAAGACGGACGAGGAAGCUCAAGCUCUGCUGCUUCUCUUUGUCGAAGUGAUCAUGUAGUGCUCUUGAAGUAAGCUUUUAAUACAAAUAUACACUUUGAGGUUUGACUGGAAAACUCUCUACUUGAGAAAAGAAUGUUGCCAUCUACCAGUCCAUCGGUGCUGGCGGAGGAGCUGGCAUCGCGAGAGAUCUAGCGCAUAGUGGAUGCAAACCCUGCAACGGGAUUUCAUCUACGAAGCGCAUUUCAAAAGCCGCUGAAACGAUUGCUACAACGCUUCAAGCCAAAUAAGUCUACCUUGGUUGGACGAUUAUUUCCUUCCAGACCAUCAUCAAAUGCGGAACAAGUAGUUUUUACAAGAACAUCUUCUAGUUCUUCGAGAACGCCGUAUCAAGAUCCCUCACAGUUGCGUAUCUGGACUAGCGAUUCUCCACCGACGAACGGAGCUGGUUUGUUUUCGGCAGUCAGUCAAAACGAUUUUCCAGAUCCAGUAGAUAAAAUUUUCGAUACAGAUUGCACUUCCGAUGUAGUCUACAGAUUCUCUCAAAGUUUGCUCAUGGAUUCGAUUUUACAAAGACAGUGGCUGGAGACUCGGAAAGAUCCUUUGAGACUUCCUAAG